AUGGGGAACAUUAGUAGUGAAAUUAUUUUUGUGAUAAUCAUGCCACGAGCCGCCACCAAGAAGCAAUCCGAGAAAUUUAAUCCCUUCGACCCUAAAGUAUCUCCUGUUCAGUUGCUCGAAUUUUUGCGGUUCAGGGCCGCGCCGAUUGAACUGGUGGACACCAAUGUUGAUACACCUGUAGCCGUGCUACAAGCCUUAGCCGCAAAAUUCAGUGAUCCCAUCUUGGCUUCCCAUGCUACGUCAGCCGCUGGCCGGAAAGAAUCAGCGCAAGGACCACGCAACCGCCCCACCGGAGGGCCCGCCGCCGCUGGCCAGAAAGAAACCUCCCAAAGACCAUACCCCUCUCGUAACCGUAACGCCGCUGGCCGGAAAGAAUCAUCUCAAGGACCAUGGGACGGUCCUUCCGGUUCCGGAUCGACUCAGGCUAAACUAGAUCAUCCCUCCUCUGGGCAAUCCAAACCCGUAGGCGAAGGAAGUAAACCAGAAACUAUUGAGAAGACCGAUGAGGAACCGUGCCUCAGUAGCGAACUGUCGGCGAUUGCAUCUGAUGAUGAUGUCAGCGAGAGCGCGAGUUCAACGGACGUUGGUUUGGUCGCAAAAGACCCAAAAACAUCUAGCCGAUCGGUGGUUAUAAACAGUUCAGACAGUGAAACGACUUCAAGGAAGCGUUGCCAUUCACAAUCAGCCGGUGUUCAUCCAUGUGACGGCUCUCGAAAACCAAAGAAGGCCAAAAACGUUCAACCCGCUCAUCAACCAUUGCGCACAACCCGAAAAGCCGACGCAGUUCUUGAUCAACAUGGCGCCCACGGAGAUGCAGUUGCUUCGGCGGUUAUCAACCAUUCGGACAGUGAGACGAGUUCGAGGAAACAUCGCCAUUCACAAUCAGCCAGUGUCCAACCACGUGACGGGCCUGGGCCUCGAAAGCCAAAGAAGACUAAAAAGCUCCAGAUUCCUCGAACAUUGCGCACCAAACAUUCAGCCAGCGCAGCUGUCAUUCAAAAAAGCGCUGAAGGACCAGUGAACAAGAAAGUGCGCCUGGUUUCCCCAAUUGGUGUCGAUUUUUUAUCCGAAACCGAGUCCUCAGCCUUGAUCACGUUUGAGCCGGACGAUCUCAUGAUGAAAACUUUCGCGGAAAAAAAGAUGUCCGAAUGGCCACCUUUACUCCCAUUCGUAGAGAAAACCUCAUCCGAUUACAAGAAUAAUAACCCCGCGCAAGGAGCUGUUCCAGACACAUCCAAAAACAACGCUUUAGAUUCCUUUCUUCGUUGCGAGAUAAAAGAGCAGGAAGAACUUUUCUCACGGCUUGUUGUUCAAUCGGAAGAAACGGUGAAUAUGACAGUGAUGGAGGUCAUGGAUACCUUAAAUCAGAAUAUACUAAAUUCACCCAAGAGUCCCAAAAAAGAUCCGGCUCAGUGCGCACCGCUUGAAGAUUUAGAUGAAGACGCUUGGCUCGAAAAACUCUUCAUUGCCGGCCUUCUGACUCCACCCUCACCCCAGCCGAGAAGCCCUAUUCAGAUGCCGACCGCAUCUUCAUCAGAUCCCGACGAAGAGGAUGAAUUGGCUGACACCCCCAGUCCUCCCAAAGUGGACGAUCGGAAAAAUGAAUUCAAAGUUCAGGCUCUACCACUUGAGGACCAAGUCCCGAACAAAAACGGUGAAAUCGGGUCAGUCAGGAAUUUGCCGUGGCUGUUCCAAUCGCCGGAGCCUGAAUACCAGUGUUGUUUCAAAAGUGAUCCUUUUGAAGAAAUCUACCAACAAUAUCGAGGUCAAAACUGCCCCACUCCCAUGCUGGAAAUCAAGCCCUCAGUCACUCUUUCUGCAAGCAACAGCGAAACUGAGAACAUUGUCCCUGGUCCAUCUGGCCGCAAUCGAGAACUUUUUGGUACAGUUUCAAUAAGCAGCAACAGCCGUCAAUCAAUGUCACCACAUUAUCGGCCAAACCGCGAAUGGCAUCAGCCAUACAAUACAAGAGCAAGAAGUGUGCCUUCCGGAUUGUAA